GUCAGCCGUAAAGCUGACAAUAGUGAUAUGAGAUAACUGAACACUGUAACGUUACUUUACAGCAUUUUGUCUAUUUGAAGCAGUUAAAAAUCAAAGAAAGUUCAGCAUUUCCCAAUUUGACAGCUCGUUCACUCGCCGCCACGCCUAAGCAAACAGUUUUACCAGCACUCAGCGUCCCUGUGUGAGUACAGAAAGCAGCGAGAGCCAGUGGAACAAGAACUGCUUUUAGCCAGUCAUUGCCAUGGCCUCCGAAAGCGGCGAUAGCAACAUGGAUAGAGAAAUGAUUCUGGCCGAUUUUCAGGCUUGCACUGGAAUUGACAACAUUGCAGAGGCAAUCACUCUGUUAGAGCUUAAUAACUGGGAUUUAGUGGCAGCCAUCAAUGGGGUCAUACCACAGGAAAACGGGAUCUUACAAAGUAACUUUUCCAGUGAGGCGAGUCAGGCCACAGUGUACGGACCUCCUAGCCUCUCAGAAGCAGCUGACGCAGCAGCAGGAAGCGCAGUUCCUCCCCCCUCUUCUUCAUCUUCGUCUUCUUCACCUCCAUCGUCCUCAGCUUCAGCUUUUUGCCCAAUCAACCCUUCUUCCCGACACAUCGUAGAGCGUCAGUCCCGGAUGCUCAACUUCAGGGUCGAGUACCGGCAACGCUCUGUAGAGCUGGUGGUUGAGGAGGGCAGCACAGUUGGAGAAAUCAAACAGAUCCUUGAAACAGAGCUUGGUGUUCCGGUGUCCAAAAUGCAGUUGAAAGGGUGGAAGAGCGGAGAUGUGUCUGAUAGUAUGGUGCUGAGAAGUUUACACCUGCCCAAGAACAACAGCCUGUAUGUCCUGACCCCCGACAUUGCCCCUACUGCCAGCACCAGCAAAAACAGUGCUCUUCAGGAUUCAUUAAACCAAAACUUCCUGCUGGUCAUUAGCCACCGUGAGGCUCAGAGGGACUACAACCUCAACUUUCCCGGCUCCAGAACCAUACAGGAGGUGAAGAGAAACAUUUCAGACUUGACCAACAUCCCAGUCCGGCAUCAGCAGUGGGAGGGAUGGCCUGCAUCAGCGUCUGAUGAUUCUAUGACACUAGCUCUUUCUGGAAUCAGCUAUCCCUGCCAUCACCUGAGUGUUUGUCGAAGGUCCUCGCCAGCUAAUGCCCAGGAACCCACAGAAGAGUGUGCGGAUGUCCAUAUGAUCAGCGACAGUGAGGGUGAUGAUUAUGAAGACGCAUCAGAAUUUGGUGUGGAUGAUUCAGAGAUGUUUGGAGUGGGCUCCUCGAGCUGUAGGAAAUCACCUAUGAUGCCAGAGAAUAGUGAAAAUGAAACUGAUGCCUUAAUUCACUUUACUUCUGAAUUCUCUUCGAGAUAUGGAGAGACCCAUCCAAUGUUCUUUAUUGGGUCUUUGGAGGCAGCAUCUCAAGAGGCCUUCCAUGGCAAAGCCAGAGAUAGAAAGCUGCUGGCUAUCUACCUCCACAAUGAUGACAGUGUUCUCAGCAACGUCUUCUGCUCCCAAAUGAUGUGCGCUGACUCUAUCGUCUCUUACCUGAGCCAGAACUUCAUCACAUGGGCAUGGGAUGUCACUAAAGAAGCUAACAAAUCCAGACUACUCACUAUGUGUACGAGGCACUUUGGCAGUGUGGUGACACAGACCAUACGGACAUACACGACAGACCAGUUCCCCCUGCUCCUCAUAGUCAUGGGGAAACGCACAUCCAAUGAAGUUCUAAAUGUUAUUCAAGGCAAUACAACAGUGGAUGAGCUGAUGAUGAGGUUAAUGGGAGCAAUGGAGAUCUUCACAGCACAACAGCAAGAGGACAUUAAAGACGAGGACGAGCGCGAGGCAAGGGAGAUGGUGAAGAGAGAACAGGACGAGGCCUAUCGUCUGUCUUUAGAGGCUGAUCGUAAGAAGAGAGAAGCCCAGGAGAGAGAAGAGGCCGAACAGUUUCGCUUGGAACAGAUGAGAAAGGAGCAGGAGGAGGAGAAGGAGGCAAUCCGCUUGUCAUUGGAGCAGGCCCUGCCUCCAGAGCCCGAUGAAGAGUCAGGCGAGCAAAUCAGCAAGCUGAGAAUCCGCACACCAAGUGGCGAGUUUCUGGAAAGGCGUUUCCUGGGCAGCUGUAAGCUCCAGGUUCUCUUUGACUUUGUGGCCUCCAAGGGAUACCCCUUUGAAGAAUUCAAGCUCCUCACGACCUUCCCUCGAAGAAAUAUCACCCAGCUUGAUCCAGGGUCGACCCUGUUAGAGGCCAAGUUGUUUCCACAGGAGACGCUCUUCCUGGAGGCUAAAGAAUAAGAACAGGCCCUCCGAUCCCCGAGAGGUCCGACUGACUGACUGAUGAACUGGCUGGAUGCACACUCGUCACCGAGCAUGGCCCCCACACAUCAGUCUGGGCCUCAACUAGACACACACACACAGACACAUACACAAACUACCAUCUCAGACACACAUAAACACACUGGCAUGCAGAUCCAGUGACACACAAGUUGAAGUAAGCUUCUCUGCCCUCAGCCUGGUCGUCGUACAUGAAUGCCUGAUGUACACGUGUUGCACAGAGGAGCAAAGACAGUACCACAAGCACACAGCCAAAACAUUCACCUCUACAACCCCCCCCCCCCCCCCCCCCCCCCCCCCCCCCCCCCCAAAAAAAAACCCUCCCCUCACACUCUUCUCGACUUCACGUUCCCAAACUGCUGUGUCAUUGUUUUCUCUCACAACACAAACACCGUACAAAUAACAGCAUUCAGAGACUGAGUAGACAAAUCUUUGUCACACACAAAAAAAACAAAUAAAAAAAACAAGGACUUGUUUCCCGUUUCCUCAUUGAAGACACCGAGGCUGCUUUUUUUAAGACAUGUUUUUUGUGUGUUUGAAAUUAAAAUAGAAAAGGCUAAAAAAUGUAAUUAAAUAAACUUCGAGAAGAGGCGUAGCUCCGCGAAGCCCGGGCCGUCUCCUCUCCAUUUGUGUUUACCCACUGAACCUUUUCCCCAAACCGCCCUUCUAGAGCUGCACACCUCCGUCUGCUGUCCAGGUGGGGUUGGGACGCGACACGUCGGCCCCAUCAAGCUCCGUUCUUCCUGGUUUCCGCAUCCACUGCCCCAAAAGCCAAUAGAUUGCUCAGUUUUUAGUUUGUUUUUUUUCUCCUUUGAAUCCUUUUUAAGUUUGAUGCUGUAUUAGUUUUAGUUUGAUAUACAUUAUAUAAAAUAUAUGAAUAUGAACAUCAA